AUGAAUGGUACUCAAUCCAUUGAAACAGAAAUUAGAGCUCUUAUCAAACAAUCUGCAUUUAAACAAUGUUAUAAAAGAAUAAACGAAUUAAGAUCAAGAUAUCCCAAAUCUGCCUACUAUGAAAUACUGGAAUUGUAUGUGAAAUAUAAACAUUUACCUCAACAAUUCGAUAUUGACAAAAUACUAAUCAAACCAUAUGCAAUAAAUAAAACAGUAAGCAACAAAAUUACUAAUGAUUUAAGAGCUUUAGAUCUUUUGUAUAGAAUGUUGAUAGAGAUGAAUUAUCAUGAUUAUGCGUUGAAUGCUUUUGAUUUAGCACAUUCAAAAUUUGGUGGAUUAGAAUUGGCGUAUGAAUAUUUUGAUAGAGCUCUACAAUGUUUUGACUAUCGUCGUUUAAUUGAGGCUAGUGCUGCUUUAUGUUCAUAUUCUAAUCUUUUCCCAUAUAACAAUAGUGGCAACACUGUUACUACCACUGGUACCAGUAAAAACUAUGGUAGAAUGUUUAAUUUUUGGAAUGCAAUUGCUACUAUUGCAUACUUUAGAUAUCAGAAGAAUAGAGUUACAGUUCAAGAAUCUAAAAUUUUACCAAGGCUUGCAUUUGAGAGGUUGGAGAAGUUGAAACCAUUAAAAUCUGAACAAGAAACUAUAAUUUAUUGCAUGGUAUGUGAGGAAUUAUAUUCUGAUAAUGGAAUUGAUUCAAAUAUGAUUUUAGGUGGAUUGAAAGAUUCUUUAAAUUUAUAUAUGAAACAAUUUUUGAUUAAACAUGUAAAAGAUCAACAAUUGUUAUUUGAUGCAUGUUUAUCUUUACUUACUAAAAUCGAUGAUUUUCAAUUAAUACAAAAAUUGAUUGAUUCUGGAUUUCAGUUGGGAAAAACUGAGCAAGAAAUUUUAAAUUUGAUUGACCAAACUGUUGGCGAUUCAAGAAAUAGUAGACUAUCCAGAUUUGAAGUUGAUCUUACAUACAAUAAGGCAGUAUCUCAAGAAUCGUUAUCUUAUUAUCUAAAAAAAUUCCAUGAUAAGUCAUGUUGUGAAACAGACAUUCAAAAAUAUAGAGAAAAUAUCAAUGAAAAAACAUUGGAGAUAAUUAUGCAUAACUUACCCAAUGAUUCUCCAAUUCAUGAUUCCAAUAUUUUUAAGUUAAACUUAGUACCCAAAGAAGAUAGUGUAAUUUUAUAUCAACGUCACAAGAAAUCAUUAGAUAAAAAAUUAAAGACUGAUUAUUCAAGCAACUCUGUUUUUAUCAUGGAUAUAAUUAAUAGGAAAAUUUUACCAAAUAAAACAUUGAAAGAUAAAUUAUUGGCUAUUACCAUACUUGAGAAUUAUCAACAAAGAGAUAUACAUAAUUUUCAGACUGCACUUUUACUGAUACAAUUAUAUAUGGAUAUAGGGUUACCAACAUUAGCACAUUUAGUAUUUAAAGGGUUAAAAAUAAAAAAUGUUCAAGUUGAUUCGAUGGACUAUGUUCUGUAUACAAGGUUUGGUAGUAUAUUUCCUAAUAAGCAGCAUGAAAUGAUAUCUAAUGAUUUGAUUGAACAUUUGAAGACGUAUCAAAAUAUCAAUGGGAAAUUAAGUCAAUUUGUCAGAAUUGCAUUAGAGAGACAGUCAUAUAGCAAGAUUGAAGGGAUGAUUGAUCUUCAAAAUAAAUUAGUCAAAUCUAUGACUCGUUGGAUUUUGAUGUGUGAACAAUUGGAGAUGGCGCGUCUAUACAAUGAUAGGAAAAAACGUACCACUCUAUUAAUUCAAUUCCAUGAGGAAUGGAAUGAUAUGGUACACUGUGCUAAAAUGAGUGGCAAUGAUGAAACAAUCGAAAUUUUCAGUGAUAAUAGAGACAUGUCCUAUAUGCAUGAUCAGUACAAUCUCUAUUCAAAAAUCAAUGUGGAAUGGUUAUUAGUCAAAGUAAUAAAGGAAUUUAUGUUAGAAAGUAUUUCUAAUGAUAGUAAUAAAGAUAUAAUUCAAAGAUUAGUAGAUAAAAUCGGAGAUAUUGAGGAGAAUGAGUGUAUGACUCCAAUGGAGAAAUGGUCUUAUAAAGUAAUUUCAUCAAUAUAUUACUCUGAAGAAGGAAAUGAGAUAGAAAAUACAGAACGUAUAAGAACAUUACUGGAAAGACCACAUGACUCGAAACAGGAAAACUGGUUACUCCUACAUAAUUAUCUGACACAUUUGAAUACAUUAAAAAGUAUUGUAGGAUUGAAAGGAUGUCAAUUAUUAAAACCGAUUAUUCAAGGACAAUUAACUGUCUUACGUAACUCGUGUGAUGAGAUAUUUUUUAAUUAUCGUGAUGCUAUUAAGGAUAGUCUAUCGAAGAUAGCUAAGGACAAUUUAUUAACUGAACUAGAAUACCAACCCUUACAGGAGUCUAUGUUCUUGGACGCUUUGUUAUCUAUUCAAAAAUUUGUUAGAAAUUUGUGA